CCGGCCCCGGCGAGGGGGAAGGCGCCUGGAAAACGUUCUUCUUCUCCCUGGCCGGCCCGAGCGGGGGAACAGCGCUCCCAGGAUGCAGUUUGUGUCAACACGGCCGCAGCCUCAGCAGCUGGGCAUCCAGGGCCUGGGGCUGGACAGCGGGAGCUGGAGCUGGGCGCAGGCCCUGCCCCCGGAGGAGGUCUGCCACCAGGAGCCGGCGCUGCGCGGGGAAAUGGCCGAGGGAAUGCCGCCCAUGCAGGCUCAGGAAUGGGACAUGGAUGCCCGGCGACCGAUGCCUUUCCAGUUCCCGCCCUUCCCAGAUCGGGCCCCCGUCUUCCCCGACCGCAUGAUGCGAGAGCCCCAGCUGCCCACGGCGGAGAUCUCGCUCUGGACCGUGGUGGCCGCCAUCCAGGCUGUGGAGAGGAAGGUGGAUGCCCAGGCCAGCCAGCUGCUCAACCUGGAGGGGCGGACGGGGACAGCUGAGAAGAAGCUGGCCGACUGUGAGAAGACGGCCGUGGAGUUCGGGAACCACAUGGAGGGCAAGUGGGCCGUGCUGGGGACCCUGCUUCAGGAGUACGGGCUGCUGCAGAGGCGGCUGGAGAACAUGGAGAACCUGCUGAGGAACAGGAACUUCUGGAUCCUGCGGCUGCCCCCCGGCAGCAAGGGCGAGGUCCCCAAGGUUCCAGUGACUUUUGUGGACAUCGCUGUUUACUUCUCCGAGGACGAGUGGAAGAACCUGGACGAAUGGCAGAAGGAGCUUUACAACAACCUGGUUAAGGAGAACUACAAAACCCUGAUGUCCCUGGACUCGGAGGGACCCGUGUCCAAGCCGGAAGCCCCAUCUCAGGCUGAGCCUCGGGAAGAGCCCUGCGUGUGGGAGCAGCGUGACCCAGAAGAGAGAGAGAUCCUCAUGGAUCCAGACACAGGAGCAGAGCCCCUGGGGCCAGCACCAGAUGCAUCCUCUCAGGUGAAGCGGGAGGAGGCCCUGUGCGCCCGGGCUCAGCGGGGCCUGGAGGAGAGAGCCAUCCCCACGGAGUCCAUAACCGCAGAUUCGCCGGCGUCCGCCCAGGAUCUCCUGUCCCGGAUCAAACAGGAGGAGCCCCCGUGCGUGUGGGACCAGCAGGACUUGGCGGAGAGGGACAUCCCAACGGACCCCAACUCAGAGUCUCUGAUCUCCGCCCACGACAUCUUAUCAUGGAUAAAGCAGGAGGAGCAGCCGUACCCGUGGGGCCCACGCGACUCCAUGGACGGGGAGCUCGGGUUAGACUCUGGCCCCGGUGAGUGGGGCACCCAGCCGGGCCCCUGGGUAUUUGGUCCAGAGGGAUGGCUGCUAACCCAGCCUGCCCCCUUACAGGGUGAUGCUCUGUCGUGGCGGCCUUUCAAAGGUCUGUAUCAAAGCACUGUCCCCUUUCCUUUCGAGGAUGCAGGGGUGUUAGUUUCCUAGGGUUAUCUUAACAAAAUACUAGACAGUAUGGCUUGAAGCAGCAGGCAUUUAUUCUGAUAGUUCUGGAGGCCUGAAGUCUGAAGUCAGAGGGUUGGCACAGCCCUGCUCCCCCUGAAAGCUGUGGGAGACCCCGCCUUGCCUUGUCCUAGCUUCUGUGUUUGUUGGUGAUCUUUGCUGUCUUUUGGUGUGUGGAUGUAUCACCCUAACCUUCUGUCUUCACACCGUCUGUGUAUCUGUGUCUUGUAAGGGCAGGAGUCACAUUGUAUUAGGGGCUUGCCCUCCUCCAGUAUGACCUCAUCUUAACUAAUUCCCCCUGGAAAGAGCCUAUUUCCAAAGAAGGUCACACUCUGAACCACUGGGGGGAUCCAGAUUUUGACAUAUCUUCUUAGAGGGGAUAUGUUGCUGUUGUUCAGUUUCUAAGUCACGUUCAGCUCUUUGCGACCCCAU